GGGCGGCGCAUAAUUUAGCAAAAGGGAGUACAAAGCUUUGUGCAGCCUCAGCAAUGGCUUCAGCCAAUGCCCCGACAAUGAAGGCUGGCAGAGAGAAAAAGAACUGGCUCAUAAAUUUGCUCUACGUGCGGCAGGAAUUCAAAGAAUGUAUGGAGGUGAUUGAGGAGCAACUUCGCGAUUCAAAUGGAAUGUGCGAGUAUGCCAUAUAUGUCAAGGCGCUCAUUAAGAGGCAAGAGGGGCAGGUGCAAGAAUCCCUGCAGCUUUUCCAAGCAGCUACUUGCAUAAGCCCUUUGAACGUCUACAAUCUCAAACAGAUGGGAAGAAGCCUUUAUUUGCUGGGAAAGCAUCGUGGAGCCAUAGAGGUGUAUGAUGAAGCUCAAAAGAUUUCUCCAGAUGACUGGGAGAUUUGGCACAACAAAGGUCUGUGUUACAUGUACCUUCGGCAAUAUGACAACUCUGUCGAGUGCUUCACCAAGGCGAACCAGAUUCAGAGACAUGAUGUCACCUUCAUGCAGCUUGGAAAGGCGCAUGCCUUGCAGGAGGACCACAAAUCUGCCAUCGAUGUGUACACUGAAGCACUUGAGUUUUCCCCGGAGCAUGCCGAGUUGCUGACAACCUUGGGCAUCCUGUAUUUACGGAUGGGUGAGAACUUCAAGGCCUUUGAUUAUUUGGGGAAUGCCUCGACGCAUGAUCCCAAGAAUGCUAAAACGAUUCUAGCAGCUGGAUCGAUCAUCCAGGACCACUCUGACAUGGAUGUAGCGCUCAUCAAAUACCGAGUCGCUGCUGUUCACACUCCAAACUCAGCGCAGCUUUGGAACAAGCCCGAUACUCAACUUUGA